CCGUUUCGAACGUGGCUCACUGUCAUCUCCGGUUUGUUUCUCUGAACAAGAACCCUUGCUUCCCAUAAUGCUCAGCGAGGUUUAACGGCAAGAUGGCUGACGCUAUGGAGGAAUACGAAAAAGAAGCUGGCUGUGUCCCUAUUCUCCACCCAGAGGAAAUCAAGCCUCAGAGUCACUGUAACCAUGGCUACAGCGAGAGCGUGGGCCGCAAGAGUCACGCGGACGACUACAGCACCUGGGACAUCGUCAAAGCCACACAGUACGGGAUUAUCGAGCGCUGCCGGGAGCUGGUGGAGGCGGGCUACGACGUGCGGCAGCCGGACAAGGAGAACGUGACUCUGCUGCACUGGGCAGCCAUCAACAACAGAGUAGAGCUGGUCAAGUACUACAUAUCGAAGGGCGCCAUCGUGGACCAGCUGGGGGGCGAUCUCAACUCCACGCCGCUGCACUGGGCUACACGACAGGGCCACCUCUCCAUGGUGGUGCAGCUGCUGAAGUUCGGGUCGGACCCCGCCCUCAUCGACGGGGAGGGGUGCAGCUGCGUGCACCUGGCCGCGCAGUUCGGACACACCUCCAUCGUGGCCUACCUCAUCGCCAAGGGCCAGGAUGUGGACAUGAUGGACCAAAAUGGCAUGACUCCACUGAUGUGGGCAGCGUACAGGACACACAGCGUGGACCCCACCCGCCUGCUGCUGACCUUCAACGUGUCGGUCAGCCUGGGGGACAAGUACCACAAGAACACGGCGCUGCACUGGGCAGUGCUGGCCGGCAACACCACCGUCAUCAGCCUGCUGCUGGACGGCGGCGCCAACGUGGACGCGCAGAACAUCAAGGGUGAGACGCCGCUGGACCUGGCCAAGCAGAGGAAGAACGUCUGGAUGAUCAACCACCUGCAGGAGGCCCGGCAGGCCAAGGGCUACGACAGCCCCUCCUACCUGAAGAGGCUGAAGGGGGACAAGGACUUCAGGCAGAAGAUGAUGUUGGGCACGCCCUUCUUGGUCAUUUGGUUGGUGGGCUUCAUCGCGGACCUGGACAUGGACUCCUGGCUGAUAAAGGGACUGCUGUACGGGGUGGUGUGGAUAGCGGUGCAGUUUCUCUCCAAGGCCUUUUUUGACCACUCCAUGCACAGCGCCCUGCCCCUGGGAAUCUACCUGGCCACCAAGUUCUGGAUGUACAUCACCUGGAUCUUCUGGUUCUGGAACGAUCUCCCCUUCGUCACCAUUCACCUGCCCUUCAUCCUGAACAGCGUGGCGCUCUUCUACAACUUCGGGAAAUCCUGGAAGUCCGACCCGGGCAUCAUCAAAGCUUCUGAGGAGCAGAAGAAGAAGACAAUUGUUGAACUGGCAGAGACGGGCAGUUUGGAUCUGAGCAUAUUCUGCAGUACUUGUUUGAUACGGAAGCCUGUGAGGUCCAAACAUUGCGCUGUGUGCAAUCGCUGUAUUGCCAAGUUUGACCACCACUGUCCCUGGGUAGGCAACUGUGUAGGAAGUGGGAACCACCGCUACUUCAUGGGGUACCUGUUCUUCCUGCUCUGCAUGAUCUGCUGGAUGAUCUACGGCUGCAUCUGCUACUGGAGAAUCCACUGUGCCACCACUUACACCAAGGACGGCUUCUGGACCUACGUGACGCAGAUCGCCACCUGCUCGUCCUGGAUGUUCUGGAUGUUCCUCAACAGCGUCUUCCACUUCAUGUGGGUGGUGGUGCUCAUCAUGUGCCAGAUAUACCAGAUCGCCUGCCUGGGUAUAACUACAAACGAGAGGAUGAACGCCAGAAGAUACAAGCACUUUAAAGUUACGUCAACGUCCAUAGAGAGUCCCUUCAACCACGGAUGUUUCCGGAACCUCAUAGACUUCUUCGAGCUGCGCUGCUGCGGCCUGUUUCGGCCGGUGGUCGUGGACUGGACCACGCAGCACUCGAUAGACUACGACCAGACGUCCGGGUCGGGCUACCAGCUGGUGUAGGACGUCCGAGGAGCGGGGCCCGGCCCGGGGGACCGCCACCCGCCCCUCUGGGGGGGGGGGGGUCAGCGGAGACGAGCAUGCUGUUACAGGACACGACGACACGACGCCACAAACCCACGCCCGGAACGCCGGAGGCACCUCCCUCUCCAGAUCUCCUCGUUCCCCCACCGUCACGGACAGCGCGCACCUGCCAGCUGUGUGGGGCAGGAGACCCAGGAGGGAGGGGAGGAGCCAAAAAAAAAGGGAUUUAUUUGUCCUCUGUAUGGGGAGGCAUGCAUUGCAGCACACGUAUGCUUUGUUUUAUUUUAAUUUUUUUUUGCCAUCAAUUAUCGUGUUCCCUUCGGUUUUUUUGUUGUCCUUUUAAAUGGUUUUUAAAUAUUUUAUGCCUGAAGUUCAGUGGGAAAAAAAUAUCCAAGGAAGCUCUAGGAGACUUGCUUCAAGGACGGUGUGCAGUAUUUUGCAUAACAGACUGCCUUUUGGGAGGUCCGGGGAACAGGGCGUGUCUGGCUGAGGGUUCUGUUUUUAUGCAGUUUCUGGUGAGGCGAGGAAGUCUGGCUACGGUUAUGUGGGGUCAAGCAAUUACCCCCAACACACAGUGCAAAUGAGUCUCACCAAUACUGUGGAGUUCAGAUAAUAAUGUGACAGAAGUUAGAAAUCGAGGAUGUGGUUCGUUUUUUUAGAGUACUCUUUAGAGGGCAAAACUAUGAGGGAGUGCAGGUGUAAGUUAUAAAGAAAAAAGAGGAAAAAAUAAUGUCUUGUAUAUUUAUUUAAAAAUAUUUUUUAUAGACAAGUGAAGUCAUGGUACCAUCUGUUUUAUGUUAGUAUUAAUUUUAAUAUUUUACUGUGAAAACAUCCCUCCUAAGAUCGAAAAUAACUUGACAAGGUGUAUGCAUAUAUGUGUAUGCACGUGUGGAUGUGUGUGAGUUUGUGUGUGCAACACACACACACACACAAAGAGACAUUAUAUAUACAAAUACAUUUGUUUGCAUGUGCAUAUCAGUAUGUUGUGCAUAGCUGCAAACAUACUGACGUGACUACACUUUUGUUCCGAUGUUCAUUGUGUCAACACUCAAGAACCACAUAAUUUUAUGGAAUGGUGGUAAGUUUACAAUUCCACGUUUUUAUUUAUUUUUUGUUUGAUUUUUGAUUUUGUGUCUUUUUUCAUUUGGCUGCACGUUUGCCUGAUUGUACGAUGCACUGAUUACCUUCCAUUACUUCCGGGAAACACUUCCAUGCGUUUACAGAGGCGGGAAGCCCUAGGCGGGACGUCCGAGGCGUGAUGUUCAGUGGACACAUCACGGCUGCCAACUCUUGUCUUUUGUUCCUUUUUUUUUGUUCCAUUUAAUUUUCAGUUGUUUUUUUGUUUUUUUUUUCAGAAGAAUGAACUGUAAGCAGCAGCUCACAGAGUUCAUACCAAUGUAAAGAAUGUGUAUCUGUACAUAAACUACCCCCCCCCCCUUCUGUGAGUGACCUUCGUCAGUGUUAGCUGAAGCUGCUCAUUUUAUGUUCGUCCCCAACAAAACCUAAAAGUAACCUACAAUACAACUGUGUGACUAGCUUUUAGUAACGUCUAACACUGCUGUGCAAUAAGCGUUCAACCCCCAGGCACUCUGCAUGUGCGCCAUGUUUGGAAAGCGGGUUUUUUCUCGUACACGGCAAAACGUUCUGGUUUUAGUCAACUCUUCGGUCCCGGAAGGACUGCGGCGUACUGCUCUUGGACUAAAAUCGUGUCAUAGCGUGAUGUACUCAGAUUUAAAUGCAUUCUUAUCACAGUUGACUUCACGGAACGUUUUGCUGUGGGCAUUUGUCACACUCAAAUCUGUCUGAUGGCUGCCCCAGACCCCUCGUCUGAGGGAGCCUAGCGUCUGUAAAUAAUCACUGUCCAGUAGCUGCAGCUCAAGCUCCCCCCUCUGUAGGAGUACGUGUCACAAAUCAUGCAGGUGCAGCUAAUUUGCAAGCGCCUGACGUCAGCUGUCCCCCCCUGUUCCAGAGGUGUAAAUAUAUUUGAAUGUUCUGUAUGGAGGGGGGGGCCGAAAAGAACAGCUGUGGCCAUUUUUUAUUAUUUUAGGGUCGAUGUUGGAUUCUUUCAUGCCACUGGAGGUCCAAGGCUGCAAAGAACGUCAUAAGGGAAGCAAGAUUUUUUUGGAUCUGUGCAUUUGAUUCCGUCCUCCAAAUCCCGCCCUCCUGCACUUGUUGCAACGUUCUUACAGGCCACUGGAGCCUUUUUAAAGUCAACCGCGCAGUCUGUAAUGUAUGCAGUUCUCCAUUUUGUAGCCCUGUCUCUUGUAGGGUUUAUGGGAUGCGCUCAGUCCUCCACCCAGGUCCUCGAGAGCCUCAAAAUGACAAACUCAACCACCUCAGACCUGGAAACCCAGCUGAGGUGAGCUAACGGUCCAUCAGCUGCUUUGAUUGGUCAGUUACGUGCUGAGUGACAAGCAAAUCAACCUAUCCCGUGGCUCCUCAGGCCUGGGUGGGAGGACCCCCGAGUUGAGAGCUAAAUGACUAUCAGACGCAAUGCAGAUAGAUAUUCCCUAGUAAAAUCCCUCUCUCCACCCGAAAUGGCAGAAGCACAUUAAACUGAAAGAUGAUCCACCUCCAAAUGCUGCCUGCGUAUGCCUUUAUACAGGUUCAUUACCCACAUGUUCUCUUCAGACACGUACUGGGCAUGGUAGAAUUUUAUUGGGUUUCAUAA